UGAAUUCCAGGAACCCGCAUUUAACGAAUGGGACUAUAGCCCCUCCCCUCUCACUCGCUUCGAAUUCUCUGGAUCUUUGGAAUAUCAACCGAGAAACUACAGAGAAACAAAUAGAAGCAUCUGAUCCCGGGGGUUCCGCAGUGGGAUCCGGUGCAAGACAGGGGGUGUGGAUGGCACGGAGUGAAGAGAAGUCCCAAGGCAAAAAGCGUCCCGCCGAUGGUGAUCCAGAUGGCGCGCAACCACUAACCAAGAGAUUCGGCUUUCUUCAGAUCGAUCAUGACGCCUGUGCUCGGACCAAAUAUGACACGCCUUCCCAUGAGUCGGCCAUGCACUUAGAUGACACCGAACAUACCACCUAUAUCUACGACUUGGAUCAUGAAUUAGCGGAACCAGAUCCACCCGAUACUCUGGUGCUUCUCCCUCUGGCGGCCAGAAUGAUCUCAUUGCCCAAGUCGGUGCUGUCAUCCAACCCAGCGCAAGGCAAAGAGUUAGUUCUCUACACCGAACCGUCUUCUCUGACGGUUCCCAAGGAGCAAGAUAGUGUGCGCAAAGCAAUCAUUGAAUCGAGAGCGCGAGCUCGUGCCUGCCAGUCCUCAUCUGCCAGCCACUCAGACGUGAAUAAUAACAUUUUGCAACCCGAUCAUGAUGAUCCAAUGGAUAUGGAUUUGGAUCCAUAAGGCGCUCAUUUCCAACUUUAUUGGUGAUGUUCUAGCAGAUGCCAAUUGUUACGUUUGGAUGUUUGGAUGAAAGAGUGUUCAUCUUAGCCCAUUCCGAACCAUGA